GGAGGAGCCGCCGAGUUCCCCCGGAGCGCGGGAGGAGGAGCAGGGGGCGCCGCCGCCGCCUUGCACUGCAAUGUGCCGCCCGCCGCCGCAGCAGCCGUGAGGAGCCGGGUGCGCGCGGGAACCAUGCCGGGCUGGAAGAAGAACAUCCCCACCUGCCUGCAAGCCGAGCCGGAGCGAGAUGAGAGUCCCUAUACUAAAUCUGCAAACCAGACAAAACCACCUGAAGGAGCAUUGGCUGUGAGGAGACAGAGCAUCCCAGAGGAAUUCAAGGGCUCAACAAUAGUUGAAUUAAUGAAAAAAGAAGGCACCACCCUAGGGCUUACGGUAUCGGGUGGAAUUGACAAGGAUGGGAAACCACGAGUAUCUAACCUUCGUCAAGGAGGAAUCGCUGCUAGAAGUGACCAGCUGGACGUGGGAGACUACAUCAAAUCUGUGAAUGGAAUCAACCUGACAAAAUUUCGCCAUGACGAGAUCAUCAGCCUCCUCAAGAAUGUUGGCGAGAGGGUUGUUCUAGAAGUGGAGUAUGAGCUCCCUCCAGUCUCUGUACAAGGAUCGGGUGUCAUAUUUAGAACGGUGGAAGUUACUUUACAUAAAGAAGGGAACACUUUUGGGUUUGUAAUACGAGGUGGAGCACAUGAUGACAGAAAUAAAUCUCGUCCUGUUGUAAUAACAUGUGUUAGACCUGGAGGGCCUGCUGACAGAGAGGGCACAAUCAAACCUGGUGACAGGUUGCUGAGUGUUGAUGGAAUUCGACUCCUUGGAACGUCACAUGCUGAAGCCAUGAGUAUUCUGAAACAGUGUGGACAGGAAGCGACUCUGCUGAUAGAAUAUGACGUCUCAGUAAUGGAUUCGGUAGCAACAGCAUCUGGACCAUUGCUAGUCGAAGUUGCCAAAACUCCUGGUGCUGCUCUUGGGGUUGCACUAACUACCUCGAUGUGCUGCAACAAACAGGUCAUUGUCAUAGACAAAAUCAAAUCUGCAAGUUUUGCAGACAGAUGUGGUGCAUUACACGUAGGAGACCAUAUUCUGUCCAUCGAUGGUACCAGCAUGGAGUACUGUACAUUGGCAGAAGCAACACAGUUCUUGGCUAAUACAGCAGACAACGUCAAACUUGAGAUCCUUCCUCACCAUCAGACUCGGCUAGCAUUGAAGGGACCAGAACACGUGAAGGUUCAAAGGAGCAACAGGCAACUUACCUGGGAUUCCUGUGCCAACAACCAAAGCAGCCUCCUCACCUACCACCAUUAUAACACCUACCACCCUGACCAUUGCAGGAUGCCAGCCUUGAAAUUCCAGAAAACGCCUCCUCAAAAAAACCUUCCAGCUUUGGUGUCUUCGUCCUUCUCUCCUACCUCCAUGAGUGCAUACAGCCUGAGUUCCCUGAACAUGGGGACCCUACCUCGCAGCCUCUACUCCACCAGCCCACGCGGAACAAUGAUGAGGCGGCGAAUGAAAAAGAAGGACUUCAAAAGUUCAUUGUCUUUAGCUUCGAGCACUGUUGGUCUGGCUGGGCAGGUUGUUCACACAGAAACCACCGAAGUCGUGCUGACAGCCGACCCCAUUGUAGGAUUUGGGAUACAGCUCCAAGGUAGCGUGUUUGCCACUGAGACCUUGUCUUCUCCACCUCUGAUUUCAUAUAUUGAGUGUGACAGCCCAGCAGAAAGGUGUGGGGUUCUACAAAUAGGAGACAGACUAAUGGCAAUAAAUGGAAUCCCAACAGAAGACAGCACGUUUGAAGAAGCUAAUCAGCUUCUCAGAGACUCUUCUAUCACCAACAAGGUCACUUUAGAAAUAGAGUUUGAUGUUGCAGAAUCAGUUAUACCAAGUAGUGGAACAUUUCAUGUAAAACUACCAAAGAAGCAUAACGUGGAGCUUGGCAUCACCAUAAGUUCUCCAUCCAGUAGAAAACCAGGGGACCCCCUUGUUAUUUCUGAUAUAAAGAAGGGAAGUGUUGCUCACAGAACUGGAACGUUAGAACUUGGUGAUAAACUGCUUGCCAUAGAUAACAUUCGACUGGACAACUGCUCCAUGGAAGAUGCUGUUCAGAUCCUUAAACACUGUGAGGACCUUGUAAAACUAAAGAUCCGCAAAGAUGAAGAUAACUCCGGUAUGAAUGAAACCAAUUGCGUCCUCUUGGCAUUUAUUGCAGAUGAACAGGAGAGUUCUGGAGCAAUUAUUUACACUGUAGAGCUCAAGCGUUAUGGUGGUCCACUUGGGAUCACAAUUUCUGGUACUGAAGAGCCCUUUGAUCCAAUAAUCAUCUCAAGUCUUACUAAAGGCGGACUCGCUGAAAGGACAGGUGCAAUUCACAUAGGAGACCGCAUCCUAGCAAUAAAUAGCAGCAGUCUGAAAGGAAAACCUUUGAGUGAAGCCAUACAUUUGUUACAGAUGGCAGGAGAGACUGUCACCUUGAAAAUCAAGAAGCAGACAGAUGCUGCAAGCCCCAAGAAAUUUUCCAUUUCUGGUCACUUAAGUGAGCUGAGUGAUGCUGAAGAUGAAACCUCUUCUACACAGAAACCAAGCAAACUAUCGGACAUUUAUUCUACUACAGUUCCAAGCGUGGACAGUGCAGUAGAAUCAUGGGAUGGUUCUGGUAUUGAUACCAGCUUUGGAAGCCAAGGUCCCACCUAUCAGGCUUCAGGAUACAACUUCAAUGCAUAUGAAUGGAGGAGUCCUAAGCAAAGAGACAAUUUGUCCCCUCCCAAUAGACCACAAAACCACCCAUUUCAUGACACAGGACUGAGUGAUGAUGAAUGGGACAGACCAACAGCAAGUGGCUUUUCAGGUGCCCACGACAACAGUGAAACUGACCAGGAGGAAAACUUCUGGUCUCAGGCACUGGAGGAUUUAGAGACCUGUGGCCAGUCAGGAAUUCUGAGGGAACUCGAGGCAACAAUUAUGUCAGGAAGUACAAUGAGCUUGAAUCAUGAAAAUCCACAGCCUCGCAGCCAACUGGGAAGACAAGCCAGUUUCCAGGAAAGAAGCAAUGUGAGGCCACAUUACAGCCAGACUGCCCGCAGUAACACGCUGCCAUCAGACGUGGGGAGAAAGUCUGUGGUUUUGAGAAAAAUUAAACAAGAAAUGAAAGAAAUCAUGUCACCAACGCCCGUUGAGUUACACAAGGUAACUUUGUACAAGGAGUCAGACAUAGAGGACUUUGGAUUCAGUGUCUCAGAUGGUUUGUUGGAAAAAGGCGUAUAUGUUAAAAACAUUAGACCAGCUGGACCUGGGGAUCUAGGUGGUUUGAAGCCAUAUGACAGACUUUUACAGGUAAAUCAUGUUCGUACCAGAGAUUUUGACUGCUGUCUAGUUGUGCCUCUCAUAGCAGAAUCUGGCAAUAAACUGGAACUGGUUAUUAGCAGAAACCCACUGGCCUCUCAGAAGGUGACCUCAGAUCAACAAACUUUAGCAGGUGGGGAAUGGAAUGACCAAAAUAAUGCCUUCCUUCAACAAACCGGACAUACUGCUAGUGUGGAGACACGAGAUCCUACAAACACAAUAUAGCAACACGUUAUUUUAGUGGGACACUCUGAAAUGAAAGACAGUAUAUGGUGCUAAAUCCCCUUUUCAGAUUUCUGUGACACUUGAGGCACAGAUGUCUUGUGGCAUUAAAAAGCCCAGAGGGUCUGACUAUCCCUUUCAAGGCUUGUGGUAGUUCAUGGAUUACUUUAAAAAUCGAGUUUGGUUUUUAAUGUGAUGGCUACUGAGUAGUGCCAUCCAAACUAAGCCUGAUGUCAGAAUGAUAUUGAGUAAAGAAAAUGGCUAAAGGCCUUAUUUUUUUUCCCUGAAGUAGCAGAAAGGGAGACCUUUAAAAGAGACUGAAUUGUUCCUUCCUGUCUUAACUGCAUCAUUAGUUUUUGAGCAGAAAAAAGAGGAUUACUCUCUUUUUCCACAGGUGUCUGGAUUUUGUUUUUUUUAAUAAAGCUAGCUGGCUACUGAGUGAGGGGGAUCAUGAGAUAGGGGUAUGUUGCCCCAAUACUGUUAGAGUAGUGUUUUGUGAACCAUUGCUCUGCUGGUUGUGCUGCAGCACGAGGAGUGCAGCCAUCACACUAAGUGCUGUUCAUGUGUUUUAGCAAAGAUGCACGUAGGAAGCUGCAGUGUGUGGUGGUCAAGUGUACUGUCCAACUGUGCUACAAUUUUAUUAGCAGUUACAUUAUUCCCUAUGCAAUGGAAGUACUAGACAGAAUGUAUCUUGGAACGGUAAGAUUCAUUUCAAACAGAGAUGUUUUAGGUAGUGGGAAACUUCUGAUGAAGGAUUACUGAAUAAAAGUAAAACGAGUUAUUUAAAUCAAAUUAAAGGUUUUUUUUUAAAAAACAGUCAAGUGGAAAUUUUUAUAUUAUAUCAAAUACUAGUAGCAAUGGAGGACUGAUGUAAAAUUCAUUCAAAUGAGAAUGAUUCAUACAAGGACAUACAAAUCUAAAUUUUUAUUUACUAAUAAAACCGUUUCUUGAGGGUUACUAAUAGAUUUAUGAAGUCCAUUUAAAAAGGCUUUGUUUUCAGCCUUCUCAUAUUUACCCUUACAAGUUUUUAGAAAUUUGAAUUGUAAAUACAUUUUACAAAUAUAUGACACAUUCUUUCCUACUCACCCCCCUUAAAGCAAUAAAAUACUGCCAGUUGCUUUUAAUGCUCACCAGCAGCUGCUUUGAUUUGUUCCAGUAUUCAAGCUGUCAUUGGUAAUUGUUAUUUGGUGAAUAUAAAGAUACUGAAUUUGUAUAUUAAUUGUAGAGUCUUCAUAGCUAAAUCAGUUAUCUUACAACCAGAUUUGUUUUGAGUCAAUAUAAAUUGUUUAGGAAGACUAUCCCCCAUGCUGCUUUCCU